ACAGUCCCCCAUCCCCAGCAUUCCCCAGGGCCUGGAGUCCGUGGCCAUAACUGGCAGCAUGAAUCGGCCAUAACAAAACCCACAUGUAGAUCAACAGAAGUUUGUUUGUUUUUUUAAUCACUUCUGUGUUUAGAUUCACAGGGUUGGAGUACUCACUGGCCUUCACAAAAACAAACAAUCUCAUACCGGCCACCUGCGAACCGUAUCCCUUCUCUAGAGAAACUGCAUAAAAGGCUUCAGCUUCCUCCCAAAGGGUGGAUUGAAGAAGGGGGUGAUUUAGGGUCAGGACAUGGUGAUUAGAGGCAGAUGUGUAAUCAACCUCCCUGCCUCACUGGGCGUUUUGGAGAAGGGUGGCCUCUGUGUGAUCUGGGGUGGCAUUUUGUUGGGCACCUGAUACCAAAAGUUCACCCAGCUGACACUGGCCCAGGCCCAAGUACUUUUCAGGUCCCUGAAAAGUAACCCUCAGUGACUGUUAGCAGCAUGACCACAGGUCAGAGAUGUCACUACAGCAGAGCUAGGAGGGGACUAAUAACGUAUUGCUCAGCCACAUGCACUCGGUUUAGUGAUGGGGCUGAGGUUUUGCUGUGUUGGCCAGGGUAGUAUCAAACUCCUGGGUCCGCGCAUUCCUGCAUCAACAGCCCAAGAAGGACUGUAGGAAUGUGGCACCAUGCUGCUUCAAAAUUGGCGAUUUUAAAAGUCCACCAGGUGGGCGUGGUGACACACGCCUGUGAUCCCAGCAUUCGAGAAGCUGAGGCUGGAGGACUUCUGAGAGUUCAAGGCCAGGCUGAACUACAGAGCGAGAAUUUGUCUCCAGACAAAGCAAGAAACUAAAAGCAAGCAAGGCAAGAGGGUUUAUCAGGUUUUCCCUCAGUUUCUGUUCCCAGUUGGAAGAGAGGAACUCUCCUCCUGCCUGCAGCCCUUACUAUUACCAAUUUUGACCCAAACCGGUCCUUCUUCUCUCUGAGAAUCAUAGGUUGAUAAACGAGAUCAAGGACUGAUCAAGCAGUGAAGGAAGCUUCAUUCUUGGCACUGCCCCACUUCAAGGAAGAUGUGGCCAAAGUCACACAGCUGGGAUUAGACAUGCCUGUCAUCCAGCUGCUUGGAGGCUGAGAUGGGUUUGGCCUGGUUAUCAGCCUGAGACCCGGGAGACAGGAACCUACACACACAGCCAGUGUAUUAUUACAGAUAAGCAGCCAGGGAUAGCAGGAGCCCAGGAUUUAUUUUGAGCCUGUCCUCCAAAGCUGCCCGGUGUGGAUGGAGCCUCAUCUGUGUGUGCCCCACUUACUCUGCAGCUGAAGGGCCUUGGAAACCAGCCCGCCCUUGGAAAACAGUGCAUCUCGGGACCAUGUGACCUGUAGGGCUCACACUGAAGGGCACAUUGUAUCCAGGGGUGAUUGGGACAGAGCCUGACUGUCCCAGCCAGUUCCUCCUUACCUCAAGAUGUUGUACUUCAGCACAUUCUACAGUUAUUCUUCAGAGUCACAAGACAGAAAGGGGGGCGAGAACCGGGACUGUCCCAGGCCACCUGGUAAGCUGUCCCACACUGGCAGACUCCAAAGCCCAGGAUCUUUAACUCUGUGUGUCUGUGUGAGUUACUGGGGAUUGAAUCCAGGGCCUUCACGUUGAGCACACCUCUGCCCUUUUUAUUAUUUUUUAUUUUGAGACAGGGUCUUGCUAUGUAGCCCAGGCUGGCUUUGAACUUGCAAUCCUCCUGCCUCAGCUUCCCAAGUGCUAGGAUUACAGGUGUGCAUACCAUGCUGGCUAACUCCUCUACUGUUUUUGAAAUAGGGCCUUGUUGUGUAGCCCAGACUGGCUUUAAACUUGGCAAUCCUCCUGCAUCAGCUUCCUGAGUAGCUGGGAUUACGGGGACACACUGCAGCCCAUGAAUUUUCCACUCUGGGGGACAGCUCUUCAGGGGCCACUUUCCCAGCACUUUUCAUGCACCUCGCCUUUCCUGCACACACCAACUCUGACUCCUCCCAGUAUGUGUCUGGGUUGGCCUGGCUUGGAAAUCUCAGUCAAUUCCCCUUGGAAUUUUCCAUUCCUUCUAGAUCCAGCCCCAAACCAGGCAUCGUGGUGUGUCCCUGUAAUUCAAUACUCAGGGAGACGGAGGCAGGGGGAUCACAAGUUUGGGCCCAGUGUGGGCAACUUAACAAGACACUGUCUCAAAAUAAAUAAAUAAUAAAAAGGACUGGUUUGUAGCUCAGUGUGAAGGCCCUGGGUUCAAUCCCCAUUAUGCAAAAAUGAAUGAAUGAAUGGAUAAAAAUGAAAUAUAAAAUCCAGCCCAUGAAUUCCUCACCCUCAACACGGCUCUUGGAAGAGACCACCUCCCAGCCCUGGCCACCCAGGAGGCUUUGAAUUACCGUGUUGUCUGCCUGCCCUGACUUGUUGGUUUGCCUCUGGGCUAUCAGACUGUGUCCGGAUCUGAUACACUUCGUUGUCCCCGGAGCCCAACUCUGAGCCAGCCAGAGAAUGCGAAGGAAGUAAAUGCACUAAGAGCUCCUGGCCGAACGGGCCCUGGCGCAGGGUGCCCAAGCCCGGCCCUGCAGCAGCCCAAGUCCUAGGGAAGUCCAGACUGCGGCUGCGGUGAGCGCACCGGCGUCCGCGUCCGCCAGGUGGCGCCGCAGACCGGAGCUCCGGGUCGCUCUCUCUCCCGCCUCCUCUCUUCCUUCCGCCGGGGAUCUGCGCGGCCCGCUCUGUAUGCACCGUGGGCCCCGGGGCGCGGAUCGGCUCGGAACCCUGCCUGGCUGGGCGCGAUGGUCCUCCCCCGGGCCCGCGGCCUGGUGGCAGUUGCCAGGGCUGCCCAGGGGCGCCGCCGCGUGGACAGCGCGGAGGGGUGCCCGAGUCCCGAGCCCGCAAGCAGGCGCGCGGCGCUUUACGUGCACUGGCCAUACUGCGAGAAGCGCUGCAGCUACUGCAACUUCAACAAGUACGUUGCGCGCGGCGGUGUGCACGAGGCGGCCCUGCGGCACUGCCUGGUGACUGAGGCGAGCACUCUGCUGCGGCUCAGCGGAGUUCGCAGGGUGGAGUCUGUGUUCUUCGGCGGGGGCACCCCUAGCCUGGCCAGUCCCCACACCGUGGCCACCAUCCUGGAGGCGGUGGCGAAGGCGGCUCACCUGCCUGUGGAUGCGGAAGUCACCUUGGAAGCGAAUCCCACUUCCGCUCCAGGCUCCAGGCUGGUGGAGUUCGGGGCAGCAGGAGUCAACAGGUUGUCCAUUGGCCUCCAGUCCCUGGACGACGCGGAGCUGCAGCUGCUGGGCCGCACGCACUCGGCCCGGGACGGCCUGCGGACGCUGGCGGCGGCGCGGCGCCUCUUCCCGGGCCGCGUGUCGGCGGACCUGAUGUUUGGGCUGCCCGCGCAGCGGCUGGGGCCAUGGCUCGGGCAGCUGCGGGAGCUCCUGCGCCACUGCGAUGACCACCUGUCCCUGUACCAGCUGUCCCUGGAGCGCGGCACUGCGCUCUUCACCCGAGUGCAGCGCGGCGCCGUGCCCGGCCCCGACCCCGAGCUGGCGGCAGCGAUGUACGCGGAGGGGCGCUCGCUGCUGCGGGCCGCCGGCUUCCGCCAGUACGAGGUCUCCAGCUUCGCGCGCCAUGGGGCGCUCAGCACCCACAAUUGGACUUACUGGCAGUGCGGUCAGUACCUUGGCGUGGGGCCUGGUGCUCAUGGGCGAUUUGUGCCCCAGGCGUCUGGGGGCCACACCCGGGAGGCUCGGAUCCAGACACUGGAGCCUGACAACUGGAUGAAGGAGGUGAUGCUUUUCAGUCACGGCACCCGGAAGCGCAUCCCCCUGGGCGAGUUGGAGCUGCUGGAGGAGGUUUUGGUCAUGGGGCUCCGCACUGAUGUGGGGAUCACGCACCAGCACUGGCAGCAGUUUGAGCCCCAGCUGACCCUGUGGGAUGUGUUUGGAGCAAGCGAGGAGGUGAAGGGGCUGCAGGAGCGGGGCCUGCUGGUGCUGGACCACAGGGGCCUCCGGUGCUCCUGGGAGGGGCUGGCUGUGCUGGACUCACUGUUGCUGACCCUUCUGCCCCGACUCCAAGAGGUCUGGCAGCAAAGAAGCCCCCGACCUGAGCCAGGAGGGUGACCAGAUGCUCCUGUGUCCCAUGGCAGUGCCAGGUGGAUGUGGGGCACUGGACCGGUACUGCAAAUGUUGCUCCUCUGCUGCCGGGUGCUAGGUCUGCUUCGAGGGGCAGUGGCCUGGCCUGGGCACCCCCAGGGGUGCGGCCUCGGUGAGGUGGGCACAGGGAUCAUGUGGACUGGGGGUGGCAUCCCACCCAGCAACUUGACACUCCCAGAGCAGCCUGUGCUUCAGGACCGGGAACUGCCUGUCACCACCAGCUCCUGUUGAACUUUUUGGUACCCAGUAAUGGGCAGAGUUUGGGAAUCAUAAUUUGUAAAAACUUUUAUUGGUACAUGUUUACAGUGCAUGCUGAUUACACUCAUUGUGGCACACACACCACGCAUCUUCGUUCUUGCUACAUCUCCCUGCCCCCGUCAUCUCUUGGUCCUCUGCCCGUUUGCGAAAGCUCUGUCUCCACGUUUUCCAUUGUUUAUUUUGUUCUUCAGUGGAACUCUUUCUGUAGGGAGUUGCCUUCUUGAGAGAGGCCUCCUCGCUCUGCAGUGAGGUCCUGAGGUGGAUGUGGUCAGCAAAACCAAGUUCCCUUUAGGUAUCUGAAGCAGGAGGGGAUUUGAUCUAGGAACGAGGUAGUUAUGAAACCAUCAUGGAGUUUUUCAGCGGCAAGACUACUGGUCUGUGAAUGUCAACAUUCCGGGUGUGUCUGAUUGUUUCCUGAAACAAUAUUUGGGUUGGGUAUUUUUAGCAAGCAUGCCACAUAGGUGUUUUGUAAUUCAGGGUCUGUAAUACAAGAUCAAGCCACUAUCAGUAAUACUAAUUUUGGCCAGGAGUGGUGGAGCACACCUGUCAUCAUCAUCGAAGCACUCAGGAGGCUGAGGCAGGAGGAUCACCAUGAGUUCAAGGCCAGCCUGAACUAUGUAGUAAGACCCUAUCUCAAAAAUAAAAAAAUUUAAAA